ACACAUACAAACCCUCACAACAUCGCAGGAAACCAUUCUACUGGUACACGGUUAAUGGGGCGGAAAAAUACGAUACCAUAAAACAGAAACGAGAUAGCUCCCUCAUUCGUACAGCGACCCACAUCCUAAAACCCCCGGAUAAACUGCUGUGAGCCACAUAGCGGCGACUGGAACCCUUCCAUCUAUCUCGCAUAGCGCGCCCCUUUUGUCCUGAGCCUUUUCUAUUAGGUAUCAUACCCGCUGCCAGCUUGCAGCAACCGCCCAACUGGCGUCCAUCGUAUAUCUUGGACGGGCGGCCCCUCCUCGCCAUCCCAUCCCUACCCCGCCGUACACAUAUCGACAUCGACAGAGCUAUUCCAGCCGUUACACAUCACAGGUCAUCGUCGAGGAGGACGAUUAUUGCGUGCAUUACGAGAUGGCUUACGAGAACGAUGAGACGCUGGGGCCUUACCGUACUCCCCCUAUGAGUAUCAAGGAGAUCGCCGACAAAGCGGUUGACUUUGACUAUAAUCCGCUCAUAGCCCUCAGGUACUGGUUACGAACUGCGGAUACGCUUUUGAAGGAGGUGUGUUUCCUCCAUCUGCUGCAUUUUUUCUUGCCUAACGGACGAAUAACUUAAUGGCCGUGUUAUCGCAGGCUGCAAUCUAUCAAGCCGAAGGAAAUGAGCAACAAGCUUACCUGUUACUUGUUCGACAGGCAGAGUGCGCCACUCUAGAAUUCCGUUCACCUUCCAAAUCUGCGGGUUUGUGCUAACGAGGAUAGACUCGUAUUUCGCCAUCUAGAGGAUCAUCCGGAGGCCAAGAAACAGGAGAAUCAACGGAGUCUACGUAUGGUUCGUGCGAGAUCUAGCGAGGCUCUGAAGAGAUUGGAAUACAUGAAGCCGCGUAUCACCGCCCGUUAUGAGCAUUACAAGCUUGCCACUCAAAAAGCUCGUGAUGACAACUACCGGGAACACCGCACCUCUACCCCCACCGUCCCCGUUGGCCAUAACUCUCGCUCUUCGUCUUCCAUACCAUACGCUGGCGCCGCCGCGGCUCUCUCAUUUUCACAAAAACAAUCGCUCAAAGCGUCCAUUCCAAAACCCUUAGAUUUAUCCCGCGGCGGUCGUCGUGGAAGUACAUCCAGCGUUACCGGUCCUUUUUCACCACCUCUGGAGAAAUCACUGAGCUCUGGUGGGCUAGCACCAGCUGCAGCUGAUAGUGCACAGCUAGCUAUGGAAAUUGCAAAGCAGGAGUUUGAAAAACGGGAGCGUGAAAAGCGAGCUAGAAGACGGCAGUUGGCCAUCGAACAGGGUAGAGGCAAUGUCAUAGUGGACUCUAGAGGGCUGGAAAUAAAGCGGAUACCGACACCGGCCUCUGCUGCCGUAGAGCAGAGUUAUAGGAAUCUACUCUCGCAAUAUCAACCGAACGGUCAAGGCCGAGAUAGCGGGUAUGGCUUCGUAAGCGAGCACUCAGGGUAUACUGUGCAUUACCGAGAGACCCCCGAGGAGAACGAGAGACUGUUAUACCAGCAGGCACGCGAUGAGGAAGAGCACAGGAGAAGAGUGGUGGAGCAACAGGAGGAGGAGUGGGAUUUAGCGAGGAGCAUAGAGGCACUGCAUAUGAAAGCCGAUCUCACGGAGGGUCAAAUGCGACCGGCUUCUGCGGGAAACAGUUACCGGCUCUCUACUGGUAGCACGCUUUCCGGAUUGGAGGAACCGGCUCGGGAGAGGGUGAGGGAAAAUUAUGUUGGGAGCUGGCAGGGAAAUUAUCCCACGGUGCCAAAGAGGAGAAGAUCUCUGACAAGAAUGGAACCGCCUUCAAUACCUGACCCGGCUGCGGAUUACAUUGAAAUCAGAAGUGUCACGCCCACUCCGCCUCCGAAGGCACCUCUGUACGGCUACGAUGGUUCGUCAAACUCUACUACUACCGCACCUACUGUUCCACACAAGAAACCACUUCCCUACGCCCACAAUCAUGCUCCCUUACCGCCACCACCUUUACCAAAAUUUCCGUCCUCAUCUACCACCACAAAGCCCGCCGCCACAAAGCACGUCCCUACUACCCCCGAGGGCUUUCAAUUCAGCACACCAGCAACUCUUGAGAAUGGAACUCCACUUCGCACCAUUUUCCUUCCCGCCACCCUCCGUCAACAAUUCCUCCUAAUGGCAGAGCCGAAUACAAAACGCAACCUGGAAACCUGUGGCAUCCUUUGCGGAACUCUGGUACAAAACGCACUCUUCGUCUCCCGCUUAGUCAUACCUGAGCAGGAAGCCACGAGUGACACCUGCUCGACAAAAGAUGAAGAAGGCCUCUUUGAGUACGUCGAUAGAGAAGACCUAAUGGUCCUUGGUUGGAUUCAUACCCAUCCUACACAGACAUGCUUCAUGAGCAGCGUAGACUUGCACACCCAUUGCUCGUAUCAAUUGAUGCUGACUGAAAGUAUCGCGAUUGUGUGUGCGCCGAGACAUCAGCCUUCGUAUGCUCCCCAUCCCUCCUUUCCUUAUUAUUUGCUCAUGAAAUAUCUAGUUGGGGCGUCUUCCGCCUCACCAGCCCGCCCGGCAUUGAAACGAUCAAGACCUGCCGCCAAGAUAGCUUGUUUCACCCACACGGCGAAUUGAAUGUUUACACCGAUGCUAUGCGGCCGGGACAUGUAAUUGAAGUCAGGGAGAUGGGGUUCGACGUAGUGGACUUGAGGAAGGGUGGGGAUUAGUUGUGUGGUCGACACCGCUUAUGGCAAUUUACUUGAGGGGCUUCUGAUGCUCCUAUGUAUUUCUUAUCUUUCUUUUCAGACUUUCUUUGCUGGCUAUACAUUUUCACUUGAGUCGCUCAAUUGCCCUGUCUCACCCACCCAUAUUGUGCUCCAUUUUUGUGUUUCUGAAAGGUAGAGGUGUAUGUUAUCCAGUUGGUUGGCUGUAGAAAUUGCGGCUUUUUUUCUCCGCCAUUUCUUUCCCUCUUUCGAUAGAGGCCCGGGAAGGAUGCUGAUGGGCACCUUGACGGGCUGGUCUGAUUUAAUCUAGCUCAUGUAUGAUGGCACAACUAGCUGGGUGACCAGAUGGCUGGAUUGAUGGUUAGUUUGUUAAAUGGGAGUGCACCGGAAUCUCGGACGGCACGGCGUUGGGGAAAAUGCAAUAAACUUGCUCGUUUUAGGUUUG